UCUUCUCGUAGGACCCCGCUCCAGCAUGUCCGAAACUGUGAAGUAUGUGGACGAUGAGCACAAGACCGUCUUUCUGAAGCUACUGAACGAGCAGCGUUUGGAGGGCGAGCACUGCGACAUCGCUGUAGUAGUAGAGGAUGUGAAGUUCAGGGCGCAUCGCUGUGUGUUAGCGGCGUGCAGCAACUACUUCAAGAAACUCUUUAAGAAACACGAGGUGGACAGUUCGUCCGUCAUCGAGAUCGACUUCAUCCGCUCGGACAUCUUCGAGGAGGUGCUGAAUUACAUGUACACCGCCAAGAUCUCGGUGAGGAAGAAGGAUGUGAAUCUAAUGAUGUCCUCCGGACAGAUCCUCGGAAUACGCUUUUUAGACAAACUCUGCGCGCAGAAACGCGACGUGUCGCCCGACGAGAAAAACGACCCCAGGAACCCGAAGUUCCCGUAUGACAUGGUGAAGAUGGGGCUUCCGGCGGAAGAUCCUCCGCUGAGUCAAGACAGCGACGUCCAGGACCAAGACGUUUCCAUUCAUCCCUUUGCAUUGAGACAUGAGUGA